AUGGAUGUUACAAUGUCACUGAACAAUUCUGAGAGGGAGAUAUCCAAGGUUUUCUUGACGAAGCAUUAUCAUAACAGAAGCUCAAACGACCCAGAGUUUGUGCUAUACCUUGAAGAGAUUUAUGUUAUUGAAUCCAAGACUAAGUCAAUCACCAGAGCCAGAGUUUUUGUAGCCGUUCUGGGGAGAAGAAAAAGGAAUAGGGAGGAUGACUUGCUCGUGAUACGAGAUAAUGGAAACUCCUUUAAAAUCAUACACGUGGGGGAAAGAGAUGAUCCGACAACGGUAAUAGAAAGGGAAGAGUGGAACAAGACUCGAGAAAACAUGGAAAAACAUCUCAGAAGGCUACGAGACUUCAGUGUCUCAAACUGGUUCUAA